AUAUCUCAUUGAUUUCCUUCACAUACGAUCACGAACUCGACAUGACGCGUGUUUUUUGAAAAAACAAAGCACCUUUUUUGAAAAAAUCGCCGAAAUGGAUAAGUCAUCAAAGACCCAGUACUCGUCGCACCUUGUACUGACUACUGCGCUGUCGAGUGGAAUUAACAUAACAGUGUCCCUUGUGUACAUAUUACUGUCCAUUGCGGCGUUGAUAUACAGAUUCUCGAACUGUGGCACGUUGUUCGAGGACUUAGAAAACAUAAAUACAUCACAGCUUUUCUGGAAGAUCACUGUCGGUGCUUAUAUUCUAGAAGAAGAUCGAUGCGAAUUGUCGGGGUUUCUACGGCAAGAUUUGGGGAUUACCACCGCAUACACUGUGUUUGUCCUGGCUGCGCUCACCUUGAGUUUCCAUGCUCUCUGCCUCAUAUCUGCCAUCCUUCUGCUCAUAGUGAUACAAAACAUAGACGCAGCUCGCUACCUCACCUAUGUAGUACCAAUUUACAUUGGUACUUGUGUAGCUGUCUUCGUAGUGGAGCUAACAACAGCCGCUCAUUUCGGAAUAGAUCAUAGUACAUUGAACUCUAAACUGGCCAAUAUUACUUUAAUAGAUAUUGAAUCCAAUACUGCCUUUAUAGAUGUUUUCAUAGUAGAACUUUUACGUCAAGGGUCGUUGUACAUGAUGACCUUUGCACUGAAAGGAUACGUGAUACCGUUCUUCAACAUUCUACUUAUAAUAUUGUUGAUCGUUUACGUGCUGGAGCAUCGAAAAUUAAUGAAGAGUAAUGCACAUUCAAUACACAAACUGGGAGCCCUGUCUGGAUUCGACCAGCCAAGGAAACCCGAUGACAAUAAUUGGGCGGCACAGAACGAAGUAUUGUCACCUUAUGCGAGAGGCCCACGAGCGAACAAUGGUUAUAUCAAUGACGAUGAGUCAGACCGCAGCAGCCGUCCGCCCAAUAGACGUCCGCUAGCACGCAAUGACUUCAACAAUUCCAACCGCUCCUACGACCGUUCGGAUUCGUGGCAUCACGCACAGCCAAAUUUGGCUCAAACCGCCCGUCCGUUCUCGUACCUCGAGGACAUGAGGCCCAGGCCGCCAGUGAAGCCACCACCGUCUCCUGCUGUGGAAGUGCCCUGGAACCGCGAACCUUGGCAACAAGGUCCGCCUGUGCCAGUCCCCGACUACAGCCCACAGCCGCGACGACUCAAGUCUGCUCUUAAACCUGGGGGGUACAUGUAACAUGCUGUUGAACCCGUCGUACGCCGGAACGCGGAUCCACGCGAGACAAAAUGUAUUCUCUAUUGCGUCUCAUCUACCGGCAGUCAAGUGGUAAACGGAAUAAACUAUGUGAUGUUAUUUUAUAAAA